GCGGAUAGGCUAUAGAGCCACCUGAGCCCAAAUGGCACUUAGCCGUAUAGUUUCACUCUUUCCUCACUGUCUUCUCUUACCAAAGAGCAACCACCUCGCUCUCCCUGCUUGCAGACUAUCCUCCUACCCGAAGAAGCGCUCCAACUUCUCCAUAUCUGCUUCGGCUUCGUCAAUGGCUUCCCCUUCCAAGAAGGUGUUGGUUCCGGUGGCGAACGGGACCGAGCCGAUGGAGGCGGUGAUCACGAUCGACGUGCUGCGGAGGGCCGGCGCCGACGUCACCGUUGGCUCCGUCGAGAAGCAGCUCUGCGUCGACGCGUGCCACGGAGUGAAGAUAGUCGCCGAUGCUUUGAUCUCUGAUUGCGCCGAGAUCGUCUUCGAUCUCAUCUCUCUCCCUGGAGGAAUGCCAGGUGCUACCAAUCUUCGGGACUGUAAAAUUUUGGAAAGCAUGAUGAAUAAACAAGCAGCAGAUGGUCGUCUUUACGCCGCAGUCUGUGCGUCCCCGGCAGUGGCGUUGGGAUCGUGGGGCUUGCUCAAGGGGUUGAAAGCAACUUGUUACCCGUCAUUCAUGGAACAAUUAGCAUCUUCUGCUACAACUGUCGAAUCGAGAGUGCAGCAAGACGGCAACGUGGUGACCAGUCGUGGACCUGGCACCACCAUGGAGUAUGCCGUUUCAUUGAUCGAGCAAUUGUGUGGAAAAGAUAAAGCAUAUGAAGUUGCUGGGCCACUGGUGAUGCGCCCUAACCAUGGGGAUGACUAUACAAUAGCAGAAAGAAAUUCAAUGGAAUGGACAUGUGACAAAUCCCCUCAGAUACUUGUACCUAUAGCUGAUGGUACUGAGGAAAUGGAAGCUGUUAUUAUCAUUGAUGUACUAAGGCGCGCAAAAGCAAAUGUUGUGGUGGCUUCUGUCCAGGAUAAGCUAGAAAUUGAAGCAUCUCGUAAAGUGAAACUGGUUGCGGACACACUCCUUGAUGAGGCUGCAAAGCUUUCCUACGAUCUUAUUGUGUUGCCUGGAGGAUUAGGUGGAGCUCAAGCAUUUGCAAAGUGUGAGAAGCUGGUGGAUUUGCUGAAGAAGCAAAAAGAAUCAAAUAGACCUUAUGGAGCAAUGUGUGCAUCCCCAGCUCUAGUCCUCGAGCCCCAUGGCUUGCUCAAGGGCAAGAAGGCCACAGCGUUCCCUGCGAUGUGCAGCAAGCUAUCAGAUCCCAGCGAAGCCGAGAAUAGGGUGGUAGUUGAUGGGAACCUCAUAACCAGCAGAGGGCCCGGAACAACAAUGGAGUUUGCAUUAGCUAUAGUGGAGAAGUUCUUGGGGCGUGAGAAGGCCCUUGAGCUUGCAAAGGUCAUGCUCUUUGUUCAACAGUAGAUCCAUUCCCAAUGUGGCCUUCGCAAUAUGAUCUUAAGAUCCGUAAUCGAGUACGAGUUCCUUCUGUCCAUGCACACAUGUCAUUUUCCUGCUUUUUGCUUUGUGUGUACUGUAGCCAUAGAACCACCUCCAAGCCUCAAGGGGCUUGCUCUGGUCAUUUUUACCAGUGUUAAGACUCGGAUUGUCAAGAAGACUAUCUUAAUAUACGGCUUAGUCAAAAGUAAAAUUUUAUUUCUUA